AGGGGUCAGUGUGUCUUAUGUGCGGUCACCGAUUCAGCUUGAAGUUGUUCUUUGACUUAUAAAUACCUCAUCUACGCAUGUUCUUUCGCAGGAAAGAGCUGAAUAAUGAAAGGAAACGACGAUAAUAUUAAUUUAUCGUCAUUAACUUUCACAUUGUGGUUUUAGCCAGAGCGCGCGGUGUUCCGGUUUUUCUGUCGGGAGCGUGCGCGCAUCAGUCGCAGGAGGAGAGUGCGCGUUCGUGGAGGACUGCGGGAGUUCUAGAGAGGCGGACUCUCCGUCCGUCCUCACUUCUUCUUCCUCAAUUCAUCCUCCUCGGGCCAGCCGUCGCUGCGAUAAGCUUACAUCUUAGGAGGAGAAGGCGUCGCAGAAUGGGAAACCUUCCACUCUCCACGGGCCUCUUCAGGACUGAAGCAAUCACGUCUGAUCAAGUCACCAGAGGAAAGUUCAUAGCCAGAAGGAUCCGCAACGGCAUAACAUACUACUACACACCGCUCGAGGCGUCUCAGUACCAGACUGAGUGUCCUGCCAAAGAAUCUGAGCAAUCCCCCGUCUCAACAUCUCCACCAUCAGCUCAGCCCCUCGGUGACUCCUCUUCUGCCCUGCUCUCAGAUUCACCCUUCACCCCGCAGCACCAGUCCCUGUCCGCCUCCGAAUCCCGCCCGCUGCUCGUGUUCUUCUCUUGGCUGGGUGCUCAGCCCGGGGCAGUGGCCAAGUACAGGGACAUUUACCUGGACCGUGGCAUGGAUGUCCUCCUGGUCCAGAGCAGUGUCAUGCACUUCCUGUGGCCCAGAUGGGGGCUCGACUACGGGUUGGAGGUCCUGAACGUUCUGGAGGAUCCCCAGUUUUCUGGGAGGGCGGUUUUGGUCCACGCGUCCUCCAUCGGCGGCUACACUUUCACCCAGCUCCUCACCCACAUUUCUCGGGGACCCAAAGAACACGCGGGCCUGUCCCGGAGGGUGAUGGGACACGUCUAUGACAGCUUAGUGGUCGGCACGCUGGAGCACAUGGCGAUAGGCCUCGGCAAGACCCUGGUGCCGCGCUUGGAGAGCUUCGUCAAAAACACCGCCAUGCUUUACUUCUGGCUUUUCAAGGCCCAGACGGCGGACUUCUACGAGAGCAGCAUCGAGGUGUUCCGCGACAGCCCGGUCACGGCGCCCGCCCUCUUCUUCUUCAGCGAAGACGACGCCCUGUGCAACACGGCCGUCAUGGAGAAGCUCAUUGACUCCUGGAGGACGAGGGGCGUGGCCGUGGAGAGCAGGAAGUGGAAGGUGUCCACGCACGCGGCCCACAUGCGGUGCCACCCGGACGACUACCUGUCCACGCUGCAGCGCUUCUUGAACUCGCUGCCCGUUUCCUCCCGCACAGCGAGAACGUAAACCUUUUGGGGUUUGAGUUUUCAACAACUCUUUAUGACUUCAAAGAGAAUGCACUUUCUAUUUUGUCAUGUAUCAGUGAUAUUAUUUAUUUAUUUGGUGCAAAUCACUUGAAUGCAUUUCUUUUUUCUUUUUUUUUGUCUCUGCUGCUAUGUUUAGACCCAGGAGUGCUUAUUUAAAGUUAUAAAAAAAAAAGAUCAUGCUUGUUAUGCAGAAUUACUAGUUCAUUAAUCAUCAGCAAAUACUAGUUAAUCAACCACUGUUACUUUUGUCAGAGAUGUUUCCUGCACAAUAUGUGCAAAUAAAACAAUAUUGACACUAA